AUGUUUUCUGCAAAAUUGCCCGCAUCAGCUAAACUUUCAUCGAGAAAUUACUAUUCAGCAGCGAGACCAUGUCAAAUCAACGAUGUUUGCGCUGAAUGCAGCUUAACAUCCGAAUUGUCGACGAAAUGCAUCGAAACCGACGAGAAAAUGCCGUUCCUUUUCUGUAAUCCGAGAACAAAAAAAAUCGACAUCGAACACUCGUCGUAUUUGGCGUGCGCGAAUGGCACAUGGCGACAAGAGAUUUGCUCCGAAGAUGGUCAUGUGCAUUUCAGCACGAGCACGAGACAGUGCAUAGAUCCCGCUCUACAGAUUUUCCAUUCGCAGGGAACAUCGGGUUCGGGACGAGUUGGCGAUAUCUGCUCGUUUAACACCGACUGCCUUGGCGGAAUGUACUGCGCCAUCGGACAGUGCCGAUGCCUAUCGACCUAUGUCGCUGUGGACGCAUAUUGCUAUGAAAAAAUCUCGCCAUCUGACUCCGGAUGCUUCUACGAUGUCCAAUGCUCUUCGGUUUGGCCGGAUUCGUACUGUAAGAACGGUCAGUGUUUGUGCCCUUCGGAAGAUAUGAUUGCGGUGAAAACAAAGGAUGGAACUCUGUGCGUCUGGUCGUCGACUGCCGAGCCGGCUUGUCCGCUUCCCUCACUACCACCUCCAGACUCGCCUUCUUCUCUCGUCGUUUUACCAGCAGCUGCAGGAAAGACAUCGGUGACGAUAGCGCCAUGCAAUCCGCACAGCAGCGAGACGCCGAAGCGCGAGGAGGAUUUAGUCGAGCGCCAACAGAACUUCAAAUGCACAGUUCGCGGAAUUCACGGAGACGAGCCUGAUCCUCAGGAUGUGUCUGAUAUCUACGAUUGCAUCGACAACUCGAAAUUUUGGAAGGAACAGGGUCUCGACACGAGUUCACACCCCAUCGGCGUUUGCUGCAUGAAUCGAGCGUUCACCUGCAUGCAGCCGAAAAAAGGCGAAUCCGAUGCGCUGGGAAGUGUUCCACGAUGGUAUUUCAAUAGUGUCAUGGGAUCCUGCCAGCAGUUCUUGUUCGAUCCCACCGGUUCCGAAGUGUCGCCGAACAAUUUCGAGACGUUGGAUCAUUGCGAAUCGUUCUGCAAAGAUACUUGUCCGCGAGGCAAUCCGGCGUAUUUGUCGACGCGCGGUGCGUCGAGCUCAUCGCGAAUCCCGCAGACCGGUUGCUCGACGGUCAAUCCGUGUUCGGAUCCGUUCGUGUGCGCUGAGGUCGCCAGCCAAUCGAUGUGUUGCGCGUCGAGAAAGACUCUAUGCAGCGAGGGCGGCGGACGAGCCAAGGAUCCGAAGCGCAGCACGCCAUACGACGCCGGACAUCGAUUCGAUCAGCUCACCGGCGAGACGGCGAAUUUCGCGUUGGGCAUUAGCACAAGAUAUUACUACAACCCGACGGAUGGUCAAUGCCACCCGUUCACGUAUAACGGAUUUAUUGGAAAUUUCAACAAUUUCCAGAAUCAGGCUGAUUGCCAACUUUUCUGCGCGAGAUUACAAUGCCCUCAUGGAAGCCCGCUGACGAAUGGAAAUGGGUCACCACAGCGGUGCGGAAGGGAUACCGAUUGCCCGUCGACACAUACAUGCGCCAUGGAGCAUCAAGUUUGCUGCCCGACGCCUCAGACGCUUUGCACUGAACCGUUGAGAGUUGGAGACUGCAAGCAAAGUGUUAGACAGUUUUGGUAUAAUGCUGAAACGAAAACGUGCGAAAGCUUCUUAUACACCGGAUGUCAAGGCAAUAAUAAUCGAUUCAAUUCGCUGAAUGAGUGUCAGAGCUAUUGCAAGAAUAUUAAUGCCGAGCCGAAAUGUCCGCAAGGCCGCGCCUAUGUCGACUUCAGCGGCAAAUUCAUGCAGUGCGGCGAGGGACUCGGCGGAACUGCGUGUCCGGCCAACUACGAGUGCACGUUCGAUGGUCUGGUGUAUGGUUGUUGCCCGAGCAAAGCCUACACGUGCUCGUUGCAAGUCAACAAGGGAAUCGCAUGUGGUUCUGGAUCGUCGUAUCGAUAUUUCUAUAAUAAUCAGGCAAAGGAAUGUCAAUCGUUUUUGUUCCUUGGUUGCGACGGAAACUCAAACAAUUUCCCAUCGAUUGACAAAUGCCAGAAUUAUUGCGAAAUUGCCAUAUGCCCUAACGGAGGAUCACCAUUGAGAACGAAUUCUAAGGUUCGAUCAUGCUCAAAUGCAGAGCCAUGUCCCAGUGGCUAUGAUUGUAGCAUUGUUGAGGCGAAUGGGGUGAUGCAGAGGAGGUGUUGCCCUUCAAAAGUGUCAAUUUGCUCGAAACCGCCACAAAUGGGGAUGUUGCCGAAGUGUAGCAGCGGCAGCGGGCAGAUUCGAUAUUAUUUCAAUAUGGCCCUUCAAACAUGCUCCUCCUACACUUCCAAUGGCUGCGACACUUCGCUUAACUCGUUCAGCUCGAUGUCAGAAUGUGAGGACUUCUGCAUGAGCGCCGGAUGCUCGCUGGGCGACACCGUCUACAAGGAUCCGAACUCGAACAAGCCUUACGUGUGUAACACGGCGCUUCAGAACAAUUGCCCGGUGAAUUAUGAAUGCACACUGAACGCGUUGACGCAGGAGCACACUUGUUGCGGAAGUGACAGUAUGGGAGUAUGUCCGAGGGGCGAGAAGGCGUUCAUGGAUCCGCGAACGAACACGCCGAGACAGUGCGCGAUGGCCGCUGAUGGCAAAUGUCCGGGUGGCUACUUAUGUCGAUUCUCCAAAACGAAUCACAAGUACUAUUGUUGUGGAAGUCUUACUGGCGCAAUGUGUCCGUCAGGCCGAGCGUUGUACAGAUAUUCGACGACGCAGCUGCCGGUUCAAUGCCAUAUCUCGCCGCUUCAUUCAUCGUGUCCGACGGGUUUCGCAUGCCUUUCCGAUGUUGCCGGAGCGUUCCAGGGAUAUUGCUGUAGCCAGAAUCCAAUUUGCCCCGGCGAAGUCGCAUUUCAUAUCGAUGAGAAGACGCUUCAGCCGACGACGUGCACCAACGAGGGAUUCUCAUUCUGUCCACAGGGCUACACAUGUCAGCAGCAGCCGGAGACGACCAAUUUCUAUUGUUGUCAGGGCGAAGAGAAGAUCGGCGUUAAUGAUGGCUGCCCGCCUGGCCAAUAUGCUUUUGUGCAGGAUGAUGAAACCGUCAAAUCAUGCGAUCCUUUCAUUACUGAAGAAGCGACUUGCCCAAUGGAUUUCACGUGCCAAUGGUCCCUUACCAAUCAAAAGUAUCAGUGUUGUGGAACUCGACCGACGCGCGCGAUAAAGCCGGUUGUUUUAGACGAUGGCUGUCCCGCUAAACAAUUCGCGCUGAUCGACAAGCGAACGAAUCAGACGCGUGCUUGCACGGCCGGCGAGGCGAAAAGCUGCCCGACGGGAUUCUUCUGCCAGUUUUCCGCCAAAAAAGGUCAAUUCCAGUGUUGCGGCCAGAGUGGCGGCUGCCCGAUAGGACGGGCGGCCUAUAUCGCGGUGGAUGGUAACGCGCAAGAAUGCCUACCGGGUGCCGACAUGUGCGCCGACGGCUAUGAAUGCGUGAAGAGUGUGGCGCACCGCAACAAGAAUAUCUGCUGUAGUCGCGACGAGGGCGGUUGCGCCGAGAACGAGGCGCGCGUCGGCGGAUUAUGCGUCGUCCGCGUUAAAGUCGGCGGCGCGUGUCAUACGCACGACGAAUGCACCGACGGCGCCGAAUGUCUCAAAAACGUGUGCGCGUGCGAGGCGAAAAAGAAAGAGCACAAAGGCAAGUGUGUCGACGAAGAAUGCACCGAUGACUAUAUUCGGAUUGAUGGCAAAUGCGAGAAGCGCGCCGUCAUGGGCGACGCGUGCAAAUCAUCGCUUCAGUGCAUCUCCAAUUCGAGGUGUAUUUCCGGAUUGUGCGGUUGUGCCAAAGGAGAGGUUCCCGAAGGAAAUUCAUGUGUUAAGGAAGAAAACGCGUCGAAAUCGGUGCCGAAAAGCCGCCCGGUGAAAAUAUCCGAUGAUGAGAUCUGCCUCAUCAAAUCAGAGAAGCCAUAUUACGAAGGGGAGAAGCAGACGCUGAAAAGCUGCAUUCUUACCAACGACGAUUGCCCGCUUGGAUUCAAAUGCCAGUAUAGCGAGAUGGUUUCGCAGAAUGUCUGCUGUGGAAAGGAUCAGACAGAGUCGACGACGACAAUCAAAACCACGACGACGGUGAAGUCGACGACGACGAAGAGGCGACCGUAUAAACGCGACAAUCAUUGCCCUUCCGGAAUGUCGCCGUAUUUGGUCAACGGUCGCGCGAAAUCCUGCGCGACGACUUCAUGUCCAUACGGAUAUCAGUGCAAAUUUUCAAACCAAAUCAAAGAUUACUUCUGUUGUUCGAAAUCGUCGAAAAAGAGCGCGUCAAAUCGAAUUCCGGGUGGCGGAUGCGAGCGCGGAAGCGCUCUUCUCUAUCCGAGCACACAAGAGCCGGUUCAGUGCGAUCCUUUGGCGCGCGGUUGUCCCCAAGGAUACAUGUGCCUUCCGCAUGUCGUCAGCAAACGGUACCAAUGUUGUUCGGUGUCGGCCAUUCGAGAUCCGUCUGAAGAUGCUGAUAUUGAGUGCCCUAGUUAUAUGGUCAAGAUGGUGCAGGAGGUCGAUGGGCAGCCGAAGUUAAAAUGUGUCAAAAACUGCCCGGCCGGACAGAAAGCAGUCAAUGGGUUGUGCACGUGA